AUGAGUAGGGCUACUCUUGAUCUAUUUUUGAAAAUUUUAUUCUUAAAAAGCUAUGUCAAGGAAUAGAAAGUAAAAUAAAUAAUAAUUAAGAGUAGGUCUGCAUCUUUAGGGAAAACGAUGAAUCAAGGUUUGCUCUUAAGUAGAAUAGAAAUGAAUGGAAAAUUAAGUAUUUAAAAAGUCUUAAUAGAUUUUCAACUUCUUUGUUGUUUUGA